AUGGCUGCUCGACCUCGUACUUCAUACUCGCGCGUGCCACCGGCGGAUUCUCAUGACAUCGACGAAAUUGACGAGGAUGACGUAGACCAGCAGUCAAAUUCGCAUCUAAAACGAUCUCAGCAAGCGGUGCUGUGGAGCACAAGACUACAUGCUUUACUAUGGGUCGCCGCCGCUGGACUUGUAGCUUAUGGAACUGACUUUUUCAGUGUCAUCUUCACAGACCCGCGUGUCAUUCGGGAAUUUUUUCAGGUAGCGCUUAUCUGCACAGGAAUUAACAUCUGCAUCACGGUGUAUCUAGCCCUGUAUUUGCCAUACAUAAAGCGAAUUGAGCUUGAAUGGAGCGUAUAUUGCCCACGAGUCAUCCCAAGUGCCACAAUUGUGGGUGUCAUAGCCACUUUCUGCUACUUGUGUGCUUUUUGGCCGAUCUGGGGGCUGCUCACACCGGGACUUCUUGCACUUUUGUCCAUCGGAGCGCUUAUGACGGCACACUUCCUGCCGUCAAUUUAA